AACAUCUACUACCAUGAACGUGGUAAAGUUGGAGAAAUCCGCUCACUGCCGUUCUCGAGCUGUUUUCCGAUUACUCAUUAGUAUGCAUGGGACACCAAAACCAGAUUUAAACCUUGUGGAUAACUACAGGACUUCGUCGCCAAUAGCUUCCAUCGUCCAUCCAAUCUUUGAGGGACAUCAUCAGGAAGAAAACACUCAACAACGCGGCUCUGGGGAAACUGAGAAGCAGAUGAAUGACACCGUCACGCAGACUCCAAUCAAACACACAGAAACUGACAAUAAGCAAUCUGAGAGUGCUUUCCAUCAGCAAAGCCUUUUGAGAAGAGCCAUCGGGAUUCUUCUCAUCUUCUUCUUCAUUUUUGGAGUAAUUGUUUUUUUCAUGGUCACCAACCAGUAUUGCUUGAGUGACUUUGUAAAACUGUGUUGCGUUCAAAGGUACAAUCCGCCCGUAUGAACAUAUGAACACAGUUUGCAUUCAGAACUCAAUA